GUAUAUAAUCCGCCACUGAGUCUACUCUUUAACCCUCUGGAAAGGGAGAAGCAGCAGACGGAGAGAAUCAAUCGAGUAGGGAGGAGAUGGUGUCUGGUUCAGGGAUAUGCGCGAAGCGCGUGGUGGUCGAUGCGAGGCACCACAUGUUGGGGCGUCUUGCUUCCAUCAUCGCCAAGGAGCUGCUCAACGGACAGAGAGUUGUCGUCGUCCGAUGCGAAGAGAUUUGUCUGUCAGGUGGGCUGGUUCGUCAGAAGAUGAAGUACAUGAGGUUUCUCAGGAAGCGCAUGAACACUAAGCCUUCUCACGGUCCCAUUCACUUCAGGGCUCCCUCCAAGAUCUUCUGGCGUACCCUUCGUGGGAUGAUACCACACAAGACCAAGCGUGGAGCUGCUGCUCUUGCCCGUUUGAAGGUUUUUGAAGGAGUCCCUCCUCCUUACGACAAAGUCAAGAGAAUGGUCAUUCCUGAUGCUCUCAAGGUUUUGAGGCUCCAGGCUGGUCACAAGUACUGCUUGUUGGGCCGUCUUUCUUCUGAGGUUGGCUGGAACCACUACGACACAAUCAAGGAGCUUGAGGUCAAGAGAAAGGAGAGGUCACAGGCUGUGUAUGAGCGUAAGAAACAGCUCAUCAAGCUCAGGACAAAGGCCGAGAAGGUUGCUGAGGAGAAACUUGGAGCCCAGCUUGAUGUUCUUGCACCGAUUAAGUACUGAGAAUUCGCAUCUGUCUUUUGGUUUAAUAUUUGCUGCGUUUGUGCUCGUCUCGAUUCUACUCUUUGAAAUUUCGGUUUUGCAUUUGGUAGCUUGUAAACGUAAAGAUUGGAAUGAGACAUUUUGGUUUUGUUUUUA